AUGACAAGCACUCAUGUUGGAAGAUUCGACGAACCUGCUCAGGCCCCAAGAAUCCUAUCAUAUUGGUCACUCAUGUCCGAUCAAGGGGCUAUCACCCACGACAUCUUGAAUCACGAAUAUGCGGGUUCCGGAACAGAAGAUGACCCUUACAGAGUGACCUGGAUUCAUGACGACUCUAGGAAUCCAUUAAAUUUUACUAUGAAAAGGAAGAUUGUGAUUAUGGGCACUACCGCUUUCGCGACCUUAAUUGUAUCAUUCACCUCAUCUGCGUACAUUGGUAGCUUGUCCAUGGUCAUUAAACAUUUUGACGUCAGCAAUGAAGUGGCCACCUUGGGUUUGUCUUUGUUUAUCUUGGGGUUUGCGAUAGGGCCAUUAAUAUGGAGAAAGGCCCCUUUGAGUGAGACGAUUGGAAGACAAAUCCCUUUCUUCUUCAGCUUCUUGAUCAUGGCUGCGUUCUCUGCGAGCUGCGCUGGCGCACAAAAUAUCGAGUCACUAAUUGUUCUCCGCUUCUUUGCGGGUGCAUUUGGCUCGUCUCCCUUGACAAAUGCAGGAGGCGUCAUCUCAGAUCUUUUCAAUGCAAGGCAACGUGGUCUUGGACUCUGCCUCUUCGCUGCGACUCCUUACCUUGGUAUGUAUAGCCUUGUACCAACUUCCAAUGAGGUCGCAGAACUAACGCUCGAAGGACCUGCUCUUGGACCCUCCAUUGGUGGCUUUCUCGGAUCGGCAGCAGGCUGGCGAUGGGUGGAAGGCUUCCUGGCGUCAUGCACCGUAGUAUGCUGGGUUUUGAUGGCUAUUCUGGUUCCCGAGACAUAUGCGCCGGUGCUCCUUCGAAAACGUGCUGAGAAGCUGACGAAAAUCACCGGCAAACACUAUGGCAGCAAGACCGACCUUGAAAAGGGCAAGGCCACUCUUACGAAACGCCUACAAACCGCGUUGUCUCGCCCAUGGAUCUUGCUUGCCCAUGAGCCCAUUGUUCUAUUAUUUACGUUCUAUGCUGCCAUCGUGUAUGGAACACUCUACAUGCUAUUCGGUGCUUUCCCGGUUGUCUACGAACAAGGUCGUGGUUGGAGUGCCGGCCAAGGCGGUCUCCCAUUCCUCGGUGUCAUGAUCGGAAUCUUCCUCGGAACUGGCUAUGCUGUGUUUGACAACAAACGCUAUGUUCGCGUCCAGGAAGCACACAGGGGCUUUGCACCGCCAGAAGCCCGUCUCCCUCUCUGCAUGGUAUCCUCGGUCGCCUUGCCUAUUGGAAUGUUUUGGUUCGCCUUUUCGAAUUCACCUUCUACACAUUGGAUUGCAAGUGUCUCAGCGAUGGUGCCAUUUGGAUUUGGUAUAAUGCUGAUAUACCUUGGUAUUGUGAACUAUCUACUGGAUGCUUAUACCAUCUACGCCGCAUCUGUAUUGGCUGGUAUGUCCAUUAUUCGAUAUAUGUUUGGGGCAAUCUUUCCGCUGUUUACGACCCCCAUGUACAGAGCAUUGGGUAUCCACUGGGCAUCCGCGAUACCGGCGUUUGUGUCAGUUCUGUGCCUACCAAUUCCGUUUCUAUUUUACAAAUAUGGUCCUGCCAUACGAACACGGUGCAAAUAUGCUGCUGAAUCUCAGCAGUACAUGCAAAAACUGCAAGAGGCUGCAACUGGAAGUGCGAGAGUUCAGGCCGGAUCAAAAGAAUUCGCAGAAAAACCCGAGCCGACAGACCAUACAAAACCCGAAGACCUGGAACUCCAAAGAGUGGUUUCUGCGCAUUGA